ACCUAUCUCAUGAGCCCAUUUAGGCCCAGCACUACCAAAAAGCAGCAAAAGUCUCUCUCUUCGUUUCUCUGUAACAGUCACAGAGUCGCCGUCCCGCCGAUUAAUCGUUAACGUCGAGAGAUAUGGCGGGACGAGACCUUCGGCAGCUGCACCGGCUUCCUGUACUGACCAACACAACGGCGCUGGAGGACCGUAUCGGCCUCCAGCACCGUGAGAUCCAGGCCCUCCUCGUAGACAAUCAACGGCUGGCAGCCACCCACGUGGCGCUGAAGCAGGACCUGGCAGCGGCUCAGCACGACCUCCGCCGCCUGUCGGUGGUCGCCGGUCAAGCCAAAGCCGAGAGGGACGCCGAGGUGCGCGAGGUCUACGACAGGUCGUUGAAGCUGGACGCCGAGGUUCGCACCAUCGACUCCAUGGGCGCCGAGCUGGCUCGGACCCGAGCCGAUAUUCAGGAGCUCGGCUCCGUGCGCAAGGAGCUGGUAGCCGAGUUGCAAUCGAUUGAAGGAGAGGUUGCGAAAACUCGGUCCGAGUCGAAGCGAGUGGUAGACAUUAAAGCCGAUAUUGAGACCUUCCAGCAGGAGAUUAAGAAAGGAAGGGUUGCAAUUGAGAAUGAAACGAAAACCAGAGCUAAAAACCUUGAGCACCGGCGGGGAAUGGAGAAAACCAUGGCUGCCUUGGCUCAUGAGAUUGAAAAACUUCAUGGGGAGUUGGCCAAUGCAGAGAAGAGAGCAAGGGCAGCAGUAGCAGCUGCUGCAGCAGCAAACCCAGGUCCAGGAUAUCCUGCAACCUAUGGCGACCCUGAAAUGGUAUAUGGAGGAAACGCGUACCCUGACCCCUAUGGCAUGCUGCAUCAGGCCCAGGGUGGUGCUGAUGCUGCCACUCCAUAUGGUUCUGUACCAAUGCCACAUGCUUCUUAUGGCAUGCAACCAAGGCACGAUAUGGGAUGAGAAUUCUGGCAGGCGUUUAGAUGACCAGAGAUCAGACUCUGCUCUUCCGUUUGCCAAUGAUUAUAGUUGUUCAGAAAUGUAAAUUAUCUCGACUUCCCAAAAGGUUUUGGCAGCAAUUACAUGAGCAAUAGCAAGAUUUGAUAUGCAGUUGAAUUAGUGGCGCUGCAUUUCCCUUGCUUCCCUCUUGGGCUUUUUGGCUUUUUAUUUUCAAUCUACCUAGUUCCAACCCUCUUA